AUGGGCGCAAGAGCAUGGGACUACGAGGCCUUGCCGGAACUCCACACUUCGACGGCGGUUACGCCGACUUCGACGCCACCGAGCGCGUCCCAGCAGAAAGCACCUAGAGUAUAUUUUCAAGCAGAGAAUCUGGCUAACACUAGACGAAGGAGCAGCAAUAGACUGCUAGCGCCGCAGCAGUCCUGCAGGAGACGAAGCCGGAGUAUGAGCGCCUGGAGUGAUUUGUCAAGGUCGUCCUUUAGAUUGGACGAAAGUUAUCUUUUGCUCGGAGUUGGUUUAGACUAUUUAUAUGCUCUAAGAACCAUCGAGAAACAAUACGAACAUCUCGAAAUGAAGAAGUUGCAUCAUUCGUAA